CAUCUUAUUAAGAAUUCCUGCUUUCCCCCUUGAUAAGUAGAUGCAUAUUAAAUGAACACGCACACACACAAACAUAUAUAAAUAUAGUCCGUUUACAGCAGCUCCAUCUCAUUGUUUCCCAGGUACAUAAAAAGUGGUUAAUCCCAAAAUUUGAAGAUUAUGGUCAAGCAAAGAAUGGGAGAGGUCCUAACCGAAGAACAGAUUGUUGAGUUUCAGGAAGCUUUCUGUCUUUUUGACAAGGAUGGAGAUGGCUGCAUUACUAUUGAAGAACUUGCCACUGUGGUUAAAUUGUUGGAUCCAAACCCUACGGAAGAAGAAUUGCAGAACAUGAUAAGUGAAGUUGACGUUGAUGGGAACGGAACUAUAGAGUUCGGGGAGUUCUUGAAUCUCAUGGCAAGAAAGAUGAAGGAAAAUGACGCGGAUGACGAAUUGAAAGAAGCUUUCAAAGUUUUUGACAAGGAUCAGGAUGGCUACAUUUCACCUAAUGAGUUGAGGCAUGUGAUGGUAAAUCUGGGAGAAAGACUGACAGAUGAAGAGGUAGAGCAGAUGAUCAGAGAAGCAGAUUUGGAUGGUGAUGGCUUAGUGAAUUACGAAGAAUUUGUGAGAAUGAUGUUAGCUUUUUGAUCCAUCCAUCCAUCCAUCAUCCAGUUAUUUAGCCUUCAGCUAUUCACCUUGUUCAAUCAAUGGAACAAUAUUGUAACUAGACCAGACAUAUAAUACAUGAACAAUCAUUUCGCGUGUA